GAUAGUCGCUAUAAAGCUUAAAAAAUAAGGUAAAAGAAGAAGGAACAAACAACAAUAUAGUCCUCUGCUGCCCGUCUCUCCUUCUGUACCAACACAACUGUUUUACUGGCAACUUCACCCAAAAUGAGCCAGUGCGUUCCAAGCUGGGAUUUCGAUGAGAAUCCCAGCCCUACUCCCAGGCUUUCUCUUCGUUCUAACUCCAAUUCCACUGCUCCUGAUGUCCCCAUGUUGGACUAUGAAGUAGUGGAGCUAACAUGGGAAAACGGCCAGCUAGCCAUGCACCGCUUAAAUCCACCACGCGGGCCUGUCAAGCCCAUACCUUCUACCACUUCUCUUACCAAGUACAACACUUGGGACAAGCCACGCGCUAGUGGUACCUUAGAAUCAAUAGUAAACCAGGCCACUCUGAUACCCCACCAACACCACCGCAACCAUAACAGCAACAAUCCCAGGCUUUCUCUUCGUUCUAACUCCAAUUCCACUGCUCCUGAUGUCCCCAUGUUGGACUAUGAAGUAGUGGAGCUAACAUGGGAAAACGGCCAGCUAGCCAUGCACCGCUUAAAUCCACCACGCGGGCCUGUCAAGCCCAUACCUUCUACCACUUCUCUUACCAAGUACAACACUUGGGACAAGCCACGCGCUAGUGGUACCUUAGAAUCAAUCGUAAACCAGGCCACUCUGAUACCCCACCACCACCACCGCAGCCAUAACAGCAACAAUCACGGCCAAAAACCCCGCUCUUUCGAUGGCGGUGGCGGUAACGACAUGGUCCCGUGGUUACACCACCGUGCAGCUGUGGCCACCGCCACCACCUCGGCCACCAUGACUAGGGAUGCUUUAGUCCCUUGUUCCAACCACACCAACGACCAAACCACAACCCAAGGUGGCCUUGGUGGCAGUGGCACGCGUGUAGUCGAGUGUUCUACACGCGUUGGGUCGUGUAGUGGCCCUGUUGGUGGUGGUACUCUGACGUAUGACCAAGAAGAGAAUGUCAUAAUAAAACACGCUAACAAGGAGGCGCGUGUAGCAGUCCCUGCCGCCACCGUGGCAGCACCAGAGUGGAGCAGCAGAGACCAAAGCACCUCCGGCAGCGCCACGUGUGGGAGGGAUAGUCAGCAUGUUACACUUGACACGUGUGAGACGGACUUGGGUGUGGGGUUCACUUCCACUUCACUGUGUUCCAUGGAAAACACAAGCCCUGGCAAGCCUUGCACUAAGGCCACCACUACUAGUGAUGACCAUGAUUCCGUUUGUCAUAGCAGACCACAGAGGGAGGCAGGUGAUGUGCAGGACAAAAAGAAGAGUUCAGCAAAAUCCUCAGUUUCAACAAAACGGAGUAGGGUUGCUGCUAUUCAUAACAAAUCUGAACAAAAAAGGAGAGAUAAAAUAAACCAAAGGAUGAAGACACUGCAGAAGCUGGUCCCCAAUUCGAGUAAGAUGGAUGUUGAAGUGAAAUUGGAGGUACAUUAUGGGGGUGCUUUUGUGUGGAACCCUAGUUUAGAGUACUUUGGUGGGAAAGUUGAAAUAAUGUAUAGGGAUGCUAAUUUGCUUGGUUAUUUUGAAAUAAAAGGUAUAUGUGAGGAAUUGGGGAUUGAUGAACCGUGUAGGGUUCAUUAUUUAGGUCCUGGGGGCAACUUGGAGCAAGACUUAAGGCUCAUAGAAGAUGAUCAAGAUGUGGAACCCUUGUGGAAGCCUAAUGAGGGGGGGCCAAGAGACACCAUCAUACUGUAUGUGGAGAGUGGUAAUGCUCCACUUGCAAUUGAAGUUCCUGAUGGUGCAGGGGUUGGUGUAGGAGCUGGUGCAGGGGCUGCUAUAGGGGGUGCAGGGGCUGGUGUAGGGGGUGGUGCAGGAGCUGCUAUAGGGGGUGAUGGUGUGGAGGAGGAGUUUGAUUGGUUGAAUGAAGGCCUGGAAGGAGAAGACUUUGCUGAUGACAUUUUUGGUGAGUCUUCUCCACCUCACACAGUGCCACAUGAGCCUAACACUGUUCCAACCACUGAUACACCUCAUCCAAACACUGAUACACCUCAGCCAAACACAGAUGCACCUGGCCCAAGCAAUGUUCCUCCUCCAAACAUAGAUUUAGAUGAAGAGUGGGCUGAACCAGCUUUAGAGAAUGAUAUUGCAAGUGUGGAUAGUUCUGAUGAUGAGCAGGGGCCUGGCAAUUUGGAGUUCAAUGAGAGGACUGAUAUGGAAAAUGUUAGGUUGGCAAAAGGGAUGAAGUUCCCAAACUCCCAGGUGUUUAGGAAGGCUUUGAGGGAGUAUGUGAUUCAGAAUCACAUUGAUGUCAAGUGGAAGUUGAAUGAGAAGAAGAAGAUUUCUGUACAUUGUAAGAACAAUUGUGGAUGGAGGUGUUAUGCCUCAAUGGUGACUGAAGAGUGCACAUUUGAGAUCAAGACACUUUAUCCUGAGUGUACCUGCCCCCUAUCAUUUAAAAAUAGGCAAGUUACAUCAGCCUAUGUGGCAAAGAGGUAUUUGGAGGAUUUUGGUAAGAAUCCUAAUUGGGAGGUCUCAGGUGUUAAGCACCAUGUGAUGCAGAAGAUUUCAGUUGAUUUAAGUCUUAGUCAGGUGUAUAGAUCAAGGAAGGCAGCUAAGGGGCUGAUUACUGGGAAUGAAGAGGCUCAGUAUGGCCUACUUAGAGAUUAUGCAGAAAUGAUAUUAAGGACAGAUGUAGGAAGUAGGGUGAUUCUGCAAACAGAGAUGGAAAAUGAGAAUGUAGAGCCCAAGUUUAAAAGGAUGUACAUUAGGUACAAUGCUCAAAAAGUUGGCUUUCUAGGUGGUUGUAGACCCUUUGUUGGGAUGGAUGGAUGCCACUUGAAAGGUAGGUUUGGUGGGCAAUUGUUGUCUGCCACUGCCAAGGAUGGAAAUGACAAUAUAUUCCCAGUGGCAAUGGCUGUGGUUGAGCAAGAGAACAAGGAUAGCUGGACCUGGUUCUUGGAGCAGUUUGCUGAUGACAUUGGCAGGCCAGAUGAGCUCAAUUUGGUAUUCAUCAGUGACAGGCAGAAGGGCCUUUUACCUGCAAUGGAGACUCUAUUCCCAACUGUGGAGCACAGGUAUUGUGUGAAGCACAUAUACAACAACUUCAAGGUUAACCACAAGGGCAUGGAGUUGAAGAGUGUACUGUGGAGGUGUGCUAGCACAACAUCAGUUAGGGAAUUUGAGAGAGGAAUGGACCAUCUUAAGAGUUUGGAUGAAGAAGCUUGGCAGUACCUGGCUGAUAUAGAGCCUGCACAGUGGACGAGAUCCCACUUUUCUUCAAGAGCUUUGACAGAUUGUAUGGUAAACAAUCUGAGUGAGAGUUUUAACUCUAUGAUUGUGAAGGCUAAAGACAAGCCUAUCUUAUCAAUGCUGGAGUGGAUCAGAGUUAGGCUUAUGAGCAGGCUGUAUAUAAAGAAGGCUGGCAUAGAAAAGUAUAGUGGCAAUUUGUGUCCAAGCAUACAAAAAAAGUUGGAGCAGUUAAAAUUAGAGUGUAAAAGUUUCUGUGCAGUUCCUUCUGGGAGGUUUGUGUAUGAGGUUGACAAUGAGAGGGAAAGGCAUGUGGUGGACUUGGUAAAUAGGACAUGCAGUUGUAGAGUAUGGGACUUGACAGGAAUCCCUUGCAAGCAUGGAGUUGCAGCCAUUUUUGUGAAUCGUGAGAAACCAGAAGACUACACCCAUCCAUGCUACUACAAGGAUGCUUAUGUGGAGACAUACAAGACACCCAUACCUCCCUUACCUGGCCAGUCUGAGUGGAUGUCAAGUGGCCAACCCAAGCCUGUUGCACCUACUGUCUAUAAGCCAACAGGCAAGCCACCCAUGAAAAGGAAGAGAGAUGCUGAUGAGCCGAACCCUUAUAAGGUGUCUAGAGGAAACAGGCCAGUGAGGUGUGGAAGGUGUCAACAGGAAGGGCACAAUGCAAGGGGAUGCAAGGCCAAUGUCACUGGUGAGACAGCAUGGGAGAGGAGGCAGAAAUUGCAGAAAGGGAAAUCUGGAAGUAGAAGGCCUUCUACACACAAACAAGGAUCCCAGGCCCCAUCUUCAUCACAGACCCAAUCCUCAGCUCAGCCUCCACCAACACAUCAGCCUUACCCUAUGGCCUCAUCCAACCAGGCAGCAGGGUCACAGCCACAAGCUCCAGCUCCACAGCCUGGGCCACAAGCUCCAUGGUUAGGGCCACAAGCUCCAUGGUCACGGAACCCAAGUCAAUGGUACUCUUCAAACUUCAGGUACACAAUUAGAGGAGCUCCUUGGUUCUCUUCAAGCCAGCCAACACCACACACCCCUGCAGAAACAUGGGACAAUAGACCACUAUCAUCACAGCCUACAAGACCACCUGCUACCAGAGAAGCUGCUUUGAGAGGAAGGGGUGAUGCAACUAGAGCUUAGAAAUGUAGAACAAGAGGUGGAAAGGUCAGCUGUGGUGGGAGAGGCAAGGGCAGUAAAUGAAGACUAAGUCAAGACACUUUUGUUGCUAUGUAUAAUGUAUUAGGGUUAUGUAGUGUUAGGGUUUUAUGUAGUGUUAGGGUUAGGCAGGGCAGACAAUGGCAGGGCAGACAAUGGCAAGACACUUUUUAAUAUAGCUGUUUAAACACUUUUUGUAUUUUUGUAAGUUUUGUAAACAUUGGGCAGCUGCAACUCUUUUGGUUGUUGUACCAAAUGCCUUAUAUUUACUGGUGGUUGAUGAAAGACUAUUCAAUGCCACCUUAAAAUAUGUAUACAAUUUCCCAACUUAA